AUGAUAGGAGUGUAUGGUUGCCAGUACGCAGACUGCCAUAAGAGUCAACGAGGAUCCUCAGAAACAAUGACUUGUGCUGUCUACCAAAAGACUUUUAGCAAAAUUGGAAAACAGACAUUUUUUAUGGAGCACAGCCCCACAGAAUUACGUUCCAAAGAGCUGUUAACAGCAAUGUAUGCCGAGGGUUGCUCAGAGGAAAAAUUCUGCAAACUUGUAUCUGAUGACUCUUUCUUUGCUCAAGUUAUACUAGAAAGCAACGUUGCCUUCCAAAAAGAUUUCAUAAACAUGUAUGGCAAGAAAACCCCUUGGAAAAAGUCUAGUAGAAAGAGGAAGUCAAACGUAGCAGCAAGCAAAUUGAGUGAUACUCCAGAUGCACUGCAAGAAGUCGAAAACCACUUUGGGAAUGGAGAAGCAGAAAGUAAAUUAAAGACAACAAAAAUGGCAGAGAUUAAAAAAAAUAAUUUAGACAGAGCAAGCUGUAAACAGAAACUACAAAACGAUGAAGAACUAGCUGUGAAAGAAGAAACGGCAUCAGCAACUGGCAAUGGAUUAAUCCCAACAGCUCUGUCUCUCCUUUCUCAGCAAAACCUAAUGGAUUUAGAAGAAGAAUUGGUCUAUGUCAAUGAGGAGAACAUUUUCUUAGAGUUUGAUGAGACUAUACUGUCUUCAAGCACACAUUCAGCAUGUUGCGAUCCUGAAAAUGCAGGUGCUUUGAUGACACUUGAUGACCGUGCAUCCCCCAUUGUUGACAAACAGCUCCAGCUGAUCCUCCAGGAAGCUAGCACUUGUUACAGACAGGAAAAAUAUCAAGCAGCAGUAGAGAAGCUCUCAGCAGCACUGGAGCUUUGUAGUGAAGGUGCUGCUACAAACAAUCCCACCGAGUCAUCUCCAGAAGAUAUUUCCAGCAUCAACAGUUUUAUUGAGACAAAGCUUGUAACCUGCUACUUAAAACUGAAAAAGUUUGAUGAAGCUCUGAAUCAUUCAUACAGGAGCAUUAUUCUGAACCCAUCUUAUUUCCGGAAUCAUCUGCGCCAAGCUGCUGUGUUUCGGUGCCUGGAGAGAUACUCUGAAGCUGCAAGGAGCACCAUGAUUGCUGACUAUAUAUACUGGCUGACAGAAGGCACUGAGCAGCAUACAAGCAAGCUCAUCAAACUGUAUUGGCAGGCUAUGAUUGAAGAAGCCAUCACUACAGAAGUGUCUUUUUCAGUGAUGUACACACCGUUUGUGCAGGAAGUUAAGGCUGACAAAAUAAACAAGAUAAAGGACAUGUUUGCUCAAAAGCACCCUGAUUACGCGGAGUAUAUAUAUACAGAUCCUCAUGGAUUCCACAUCUUGCCACAGACAACAGAGUGGCCAUCUCUGUCUCCCCAGAAGUAUUUACUGACUCUGGGUUUCAGAAGCAAACCUAUUGGAAAAAUCUUGGAAAGGUGGUCAAGCAAAAGACUGCCAAUCUUUUCAGAGCGGACAACACCUUACAGUCCUCUCACCGACAAAGAAGCCAACACAUUUUGGGAUAACACUGGGAAAAAAAUCAUGCCAGUAAUAGAUUUUAUAAGAAGCACCAAAUUAACUGACAAUCUCUGCCCGUGUUCACGUGGAAUAGAGAAGCUGCACUAUGCCAGCCUACUCAGCCAUUUGCAGAGAGGCAAGGAAUGGUCCCAAGUGAUGAACCAAGCCAUAGCUGAGCUAGCAACCCUUCCCUACCUACAGGACCUCAGCGAGAAUGAUGACGAACUGAUGCGGUUGCUAAUGGCAGAUGCCAUGGACAUCCUUGAAGGAAGCAGUGAUGAAGGACGUGUGUGGAAUGAAAUUCAGAAGACUGGACUAAUUGAAGACUACAUAUACCAGAUCGAAGACCAUUACUUAAAGAACAAAAGGCAGAGAAUAGCUGAAGCAGAAGGGGAUGAAGACUCUGAAGCAGGAAGGGAUGAAGAGUCAAAGAGCAACAUUGAAGACUAG